CCGCAAUACCAGCAGCGCUUGGUAAAGCACGUGGGGACCUUCGCCGUCUGCUUAAUGUGAUCGCGUUCUUCCGCACGUUGGCCUCGCUCUUCGAGGCUGCAUUUCGAUAUAUAACUAAAGAGCGAUCACUGCCCCCUUAUCCAUUUCAACCCAUUCAGUGUCAGUGACAGUUCCAUUCGUGGAUUCACCCCUGGUGACAGCAACCAAAAAUCGAGAUUUUCCAUCGCACCGAAAACUACCCUUAUUCCAACAUGAAAGUAAUAAUCUUGUUCUUCAUCAUCUGCUUGUCAGCCAUCGUCAGGGGUCAGUUCUCCAAUUUUGGCCAUUUCGGGGGAUUCGCUCUGGAUUCCUCUCUCACAUCAGUUAGAGAUCCAAGACAGAAUCCCGGACCAGUAGUUUUUCCGCCCUCUCCACCAGACAACGGUGAAACCAGCGGGGUAGUUGUAGGAGCUUCAGGAUUUGGAUUCGUUCCUCCAAGUUCGCAGAGUCCCUCUCUCAAACUGGCUUAACAUUUAUGAACAGACAAGGAUACAGAAGCUUCUUUGGUUUCUACUGAUUCAGCACUGAUAGCAAAAUUUGGAUUAGCUGAAGCCAAAUGGUUAUAUCGAAGUCGUUAUUGUAAAUGUGAAUCUUUCUCUGGUAGAUUAAUUAUUUAAAGAACUAUGUUAAGGAUGUUGUGCAAUGUUAUUUAUUAAACUUGUUUUUUACAAAA